AUAAAUAGUAAAAAAAUAAUAAAAAUAAUUAAAUAAAUAAAUAGUUUAUGCUAAGAUUAAACAAAAUAUUGAAGAAAAUGGAGAUAGAAAAUAAUUAUUUUGACCUAGGCAUAUUUAACAAAUUUCAAAAUAAGAUGAAAUCUAGAUAUCAGUAAAAAUUCAAUAAUACAUAUGAAAAAGCAUUGAAUGCUGAAUAGAAAUUGUUAGAUAUGAAUGGAGUGAAAGUAAAUUAAGAUUAUGAAGUAGCGAAUGUAGAUAUUUAAAGAAAUAAUUAAUUUUUGCAUGCUUUCAGGUCUUUAAACUAGAGUUAAGGAAAGAAAAAAUUAAUUCUUUUGCAUGGAUAUGGUAUGAAUGGGCUCGCUUACAUGAAGAUGUUAAAACCCUUAAUGGAGAAAUAUGAAGUACAUUGCUUAGAUUUACCAGGAAUGGGUUUAAGUAGUAGAGAUGAUUUUUCAUAAAUUAAUGGAGAAAAAGAAACAAUUGAUUAUUUUGUGUCUUCUUUAGAGGCAUAUAGAAAAUUAAAUGAUAUUGACAAGUUUACAUUAGUAGGUCAUUCAUUUGGUGGAUAUAUGAGCGCUAACUAUGCUUUAGAAUACCCUCAAUUCUUAGAAAACUUAGUCUUGCUUUCACCAUUAGGAAGCACAUAUCGCUCUAGAGAGUCAAUAGAAAAAUAAUACCAAGAUCUAAUAUCAAGAGCUAACUUCUAUUAAAAGCCUCUUUUAAAAAUAUAUUUAAAUUUAUUCAAAAAUAAAGUCACCCUUUAACAAGCUAAUCAAAAAUGGUAUUUACCAGUUAAAACCUUGUAUGGAAAAUAUUUAUAGAAGGCAUUAAAUUUAAAUGAAUAAGAAUUAGAGAUAUAUAGAUAAUUUGCAUUUAAUAUGCUUGAUCUCCCUGAAUCAAGCGAUAAAGCCUUGUUUAAUAUUGUCAAUGAAACAUCUGUCUUUGUAAAAUCUCCUUUAGAAAAUAUACUACCCAAUAAAUUAUCUUCAAACAUACCUGUUCAUUUCUUAUUUGGAGAUAGAGAUUGGAUGGAUUAUGGGGGAGCAUACAAAUUAUUUAGAUUACAAAAUGAAUUCAAGCUUAAUGUAAAAUUUGACAUAAUACCAAAAACAAGUCACUAAGUUACAGUUGAUAACCCAUAAUUUAUUACUAAUUAUCUAUUAAAUCUAUGAGAAAUUUACUAAUUUUAUAUGAUAUAUACUAACCAACUAAUAGAAAAGAACCAACUUUAUAAUCAAAUUUAAUAAAUUUAUUUCUUAAAAGCUAAUUAAAAUGCAAACAGACAUUAAUAAAAUUUUUUAAUAAAGUAAAAUCGAAAAAAAUGUUUUACUUUUGAAAAAUGCCUUUAAAAAAUAUAAAAAUCCUUCUAAAAUUAAAAUAUAUUCAUAUAAAACUAAAUGAUUAAUAUUGUUUUUACCAAAUGAGGAGAUACUCAUCAAAGUUAAGUUUUAAGUAAUGUGUAAUAAAUUUAUGUUUAUACAACUUAUUCUAACAUAAUAGUUUAAUCAAAUUUUCAAGAUU